AUGGCCGACGCCUCCCCCGUGACGAACCGCAAGCAGGUGGCCAUCCUGGACUUCGGCUCGCAGUAUAGCCACCUCAUCGCGCGUCGUGUGCGUGAGUUGCAUGUGUUCUGCGAGCUUUACUCGUGCCUGGUGAGUGCCGACGAGCUGCGUCAGCACCAGCUUACAGGUAUUAUCCUGUCAGGCGGCCCGCAGUCCGUCUUCGAUGAGGGCGCGCCGCACGUACAACCGGAAGUGUGGCAACUUAUCGAGGAGCAGAAGCUGCCUGUGCUGGGUAUUUGCUACGGUCUCCAGGAGCUGGCCUUCACCAACAACGGAAAAGUGGCGCCGUCGCAGAACCGCGAGUACGGCAAGGCCUUUGUCACCCGCAAGAACGGCGUUGACUGCGGUGGUCUAUUCGAGGGUCUUCCGGACGAGUUCCAGAUGUGGAUGAGCCACGGCGACAAGCUGCAUCAGAACCCGGAAGGAUUCGUGGACAUUGCCACCACCGAAAACUCGGAACACGCUGCCAUCGUCAACGUGGCGCGCAAGUUUUAUGGUAUUCAGUUCCACCCGGAGGUGACCCACAGCCCGCGCGGCAAGGACAUUCUGCGCAACUUCGUGGUCAACAUCUGUAACUCGCCCACGGAUUGGGACAUGCGGAGCAUCGCUGACGCCUUUAUUGAAGAGGUGCGCGAGACUGUCGGCCCUGAGGGACACGUCAUUGGCGCCGUCAGUGGAGGCGUCGACUCCUCCGUCGCUGCCGUGCUGCUGCAGCGCGCUCUGGGUGACCGUUUCCACGCUGUCGUCGACCGCCUUCAGUCGAAGUUGGGCAUCAACCUGAAGUGUAUCGACGCCUCAGACCGCUUUCUGGCUGCUCUGAAGGGUGUCAAGGAGCCUGAGUCGAAGCGUAAGACGAUCGGCAACCUGUUUAUUGAGCUGUUCCAGGAGGAGGCUGAGCGCAUCGGCCACCCCGUGGACUUCCUGCUGCAGGGAACUCUAUACCCGGACGUGAUUGAGAGCAUCUCGUACAAGGGCCCAUCGGCCACAAUCAAGACCCACCACAACGUCGGUGGCCUGCCGGAGAAGAUGCACCUGAAGCUCAUUGAGCCGCUUCGUGAGCUGUUCAAGGACGAGGUUCGAGAGCUCGGAAUGGCUCUCGGCAUCGACGAGCCCAGUGUGUGGCGUCACCCAUUCCCGGGUCCUGGUCUUGCCAUCCGUGUGCUCGGCGAGAUAACGCCGGAGGCUUUGAAGACGCUGCGCCACGCCGACUCGAUCUUCAUUGAGGAGCUGCGCAACAGUGGCCACUACAAGACCACGGGCCAGGCCUUCUGCGUGCUCCUGCCGGUCAAGUAG